AUGUCUGAUAGUUUCUUCAUCAAAAACAAGACUGCAAUUAUAGUCACUGCGUUGGCUGUGAGUUCAGCCGUUGGUGCAUACUGGUUUUAUAGCCAACUGCAAGCAACAUCAUCCACAUCAAGAGAUCUUGGUGAUGACAGUCCUACAUCAGGAUCAUCUUCCAAAAAGAACAAGAAAAAGAAGAAGAGCAAAGGUCCGUCUUCCCCUGAUCCUGAAUCUUCUUCCCCUUCAUCCACUCACAAGAAAUCACCACAAUAUCCAGUAAAUUCUAAAGGAUUGCCUGACAUCACUUCAGAUGUUGCCGACAAGUUGUCGGAGCAAGAAAAGGAAUCGUGGGCAGUGCAAUUAAAGGAAGAUGGAAACACCGAGUUCAAGAACAAGAAAUAUGAAACUGCCAUUGCAUACUACACUGCUGCUUUGCAAUUAAAAGAAGACCCCAUUUACUAUUCCAACAGAUCUGCAUGUUACGCUGCUCUAGACGACCAUGAGAAUGUCAUCAAGGAUACCACUGCUGCAAUCAAGUUGAAGCCAGACUAUACCAAGUGUAUUUUGAGAAGAGCUACUUCUUAUGAAAUAUUGGAGAGAUAUGAAGAUGCCAUGUUUGAUUUGACUGCAUUGACCAUCUAUGGUGGGUUCUCAAACAAGUCAGUUGAGCAAAUCUUGGAAAGAGUUUUGAGAAAACAUUCCAUUAAAAUCGUUGACCAAAAGGAGAAAGUUUUGGCGUUGCCUUCGGCCGCUACUAUUGGAUCCUUUUUUGGUGCUUUUGCCGACGAAGGUGAAUUAUUCGGUGUUGAUGAAAACAGUGAAGGUGGGGGUAAAUUCUUGUAUGACGCCUUGGCUAAAAUCAAAGCAAAUACUAGAGAAGGCUACGAUGAGGCCGACACUUUGAUUAACCAAGCAGUUUCGGCAUUGGAAGGAGAUGCUUCUAAAAAGGAUACCUAUGCCAUUGCUUUAGAGUAUGCAUCGGCUUUCCAAUUUUUGAAAAAUGAUCCUACUACUGCUGCGGAUUUGAUUAACAAGUCUAUUUCAAUUCAACCAAGGCCUAGAGCUUACGUAUACAGAGCCUUGAUCAAUGCUGACAAGUCCUCUUAUGAGGAAGCUAUGAAGGAUUUUGCAUUGGCUGAAAAAUUGGACCCAAACUCUCCCGAUAUAUUUUACCACUUGGGUCAAUUGCAUUACCUUACUGGUAAUUUAGCUAAUGCUGAAACCAACUUCAAAAAGGCCAAGUCUUUGAACCCGGAAAAUGUUUACGCAUAUAUUCAAUUGGCUUGCAUCACAUACAAGAAUGGUCAUCAACAAGAAGCCGAUGAAAAGUUCACUGAAGCCAAAUUGAAGUUUCCCACCAGUCCAGAAAUCCCCAAUUAUUACGGUGAAAUCUUGGCUGAUAAGGGUGAUGUUGAUGGCGCUAUUAGACAAUUUGAUGUUUCUGCCAGAUUACAAGAAAAAUUGGAUAGAUUUAGUGUUGGUGCUUUACCUUUGAUCAAUAAAGCCACUGUGAUUUCAAGGGAAAGUUUGGAAAGAAUGGGUGAGGCUGAAGAAUUGUUAACAAAGGCUUGCGCAUUAGAUCCUAAAUCGGAGUUGGCAAGAAUUUCAUUGGCCCAAAUCAAGUUACAAAAGGAUGAAGUUGAUGAUGCCAUUACCCUUUUUGAAGAAAGUUGUGAUUUAGCCAGAUCUAUUGAAGAGAAAAUUCAAGCUAUUUCAUUUGCUGAGGCUACAAAGAUGCAAAAGAGAAUCAAGAAUGAUCCCGUCUUGACGGCAAAGAUUACUGAGUUGAUGAGACAAAGUGGUGCUUUGUAA